AAUUAAUCUUAUCGGCAGACUACGCCAGAUAAACCGCAAAGCGUUUCUAGCUCGAAAAUGCUGCGAACAAAAAUUCACAUAGUUCUAAGUGCAAUCGGUGUAUUUUUAGGAUUGUCAGCUUUUAUAUGUUUUUGCAUUGUUUACGCUAACAUAGAGGCUGGAAUGUGGGCGUUAUUAUCCGGUAUCCAUGCUGGCUUGACUCUGAUGCUGCACUGUCACUACCUGAAGGACUCGCUCCAUGUUAACUUCUCCCGCAAGGCUCUCCAAUACAUCGGAGACUUUGGCAUGUUUGGUCUCAUUGCUGGAAUAGCACUUACACUGUUCUAUAUUUUUCUGGAGAUCUAUUAUGGAGCAGAGGUAUUGCCAAUAGACACCAGCAUAGUAAUCCGGAUGGUGUGGUCCUUCAUGAUGAUGAAGUGGGGCGGGAUGCUGUACUACUUCACCAGGUCCUACUUACGGACGUACAACGAUCAUCAGCUGUUCUCGGAAGCUCAUAUUGAGGAGACGUAAACAUGUGAGUGUUUUUAGGGAGUUGGUGUUUUUUCUAUAGUAAAGACUUAGAAAAUACUAAGAUGAGUAUAGCUGGAGUAACAUCAGAAUUUAUUUUUGACGAAUAUUGAUUGACCAUUAUACACGGUGUUUUUUUUAAGUCCGUUAUUUGAAGCGUGCAUUCCUGCAACUGGUAUUCUAUUCUAAUUAACUCUAUUUUAGAGAUAAUUAAUGAUUAUUUUUUAUCUGAUAAGGCAAGGGUACAAGUGUGUAUGCCUUAGGGCCUGUUUACAUAUUGAUUUGUGUUUAGUAUGAGUUUAUACAUUUGCUACUAAAUGCAAGUACUAUCUCGGACGAUAGAUAUUCGAAAUGCCAUUGUUAUGUCAUCAUUUUCAAUUGUUUAGUGGAUUUAAAUAUAAUAUUAUUGUUAUGACAACGCUAUUAUUUACUUUUUACGAAAAAAAAAGAUUAACAAAAAAUAAACUACCUAUGCCAUUCAGUGAUUCCGUUUAUUUAAAUGUACUUUAGCAUACCCUGAAGUUAACGGAGUUUAAAAAAACACCGUGUAUUUAUGAAGCGCAAACUUUCAGUAAAUUUAUAACUGUCAGAUAUUAAAAUUCUUACGUUAUUCCAACUAUAGUGUUAAAUAUUGAAGCCAAAAAUUUGACAGCAUUCCUUUGACUAUACUCUAUCCUACGACUUUAUUUCGGUUAAUUUAUUUUCCUGAACUUUCUUUGAAUAUCUUGUUAACGUAAAGUAUGAUCUUUCUAAAAAGUAUUAAGUUGUUUUGCUUCUACUGUUAUUCAAAAUUUAAUAUUAUUAGUUUGGGGCUGUAAAACGAUUUCAAUUUAGGGCCAGUACAGACGGACGGCGUGCAGUUCCCAUACAAAUUGCAGUCGGGUUGCAGUCCGUCUGUAUCGGCCCUUAGCUGUAGGUACAGUCGCCAUCAGAUACAUCGGAGCGGCCAAGCUGUUCACAAUAUCUGAACAUGCACCCUAACGCCCUGACUAUAGAGGCGUGUUCAGAUAUUUGUGAACGCCUUGGCCGCUCCGAUAUAUCUGAUGGCGACUGUACCUACGCUUCUGUUUUCACUUUAUGGAUUCUUACAACUAUUAUUACGUUUAUGAUUUGAAUGCAAAGUACAGUGAUUGAGCACUACGAAUUUGUAAAGAUAGAACACCAACACACGGUACAUUUGAUAUCAUGAGUCCAACCGAAAUGGGAUGACUAUUCAAAACUUUCAAAUAAUUAUAAAAGAAGUUAACUUGAUCUAUCACCUAAAUAAGUACUUAUGUAUACUAUUGUAGUUGGUAGAAACAAAUUUUUAGAGGAUUGUAACUGGUAAUUUCGAAUGAAUUGGAUAUUGCGAGUGUCUGUUGUGAAGUCAAGUAUACAAGUAUCGGUCAAUAAUAUGUCCACUUUUCAUCUUAUUAUCAUUAAAAAACUUAAAUAUGCCCAAAAUGGUCCACCCACCAUGCACCAAACCACGCAGUAGGUAUUUACGUUUAAUUUUCGCAUUUACAUUACACACCUACUAUACAUAUCUUCUUCUUGGUCCUUGCUUUAUCCCGUUACGCGGGGUCAGCUUUCUUGAUUUUGCGGCGCCAUCUAUUCCGCUGUUGAGCAUCGUCGACAGACAGGCCACUUUCUUUCAUGUCCUUCUGGACGAUGUGGUCAUAGUCUGUGGCCUGCCCUUCCCUCCCUUUUGUGUAGUAAUGGAAAGGCACUUUUUACAAAAUGGUCAUCGUGUCUACGCAGCGUAUGCCCAAACCCUCUCAAUCUACUCUCAGUAAUUUUCCCUGUAAUAGGUGCACCUUUGAAACUCCCCCUUAUGUGUUUAUUGCGCACUUUAUCCUUAAGUGUAACUCCACCCGCCCAGCGCAGCAUACGCAUUUCAGUGGUAUGAAGUUUUUGUUGUUCUUUUUUCUUCAUCUGUGCUAUGAGUAAAUUACCGUAGAGUAAAAUUGGUCUUACAGCGGUUUUAUAAACCUUACCUUGGUUAUAGGCAUCUUAGGGUCGCAUAAGAUACCUGUUGUGCGCUAUUUAUUCCACCCACAUGUAGUUCUGUGUGUAAUGUCGGCGGUUAUCGAUCCGUCUUCUGCGAGAACAGAGCCCAAUAUAGGCUUUACCAUCUAGCGCGACGUCCGACUCCUACACAUAUGUAUGUACAUUUAGUACUCAUCAGUGAGGAACGCUAACUUUUAACCUUUUCGAAAAAUCUUCGUGAAGGCUUGCGGGUCUAUGUACCUAUAUAUUAUAUUGAUAUAUUACUUAUGUUGAAAAUAUUUCAGAAACUUUAUAAUAUUUGCAUUUAAUAAAACGAAUCCGUUUUACUAUCCGGCGAUUGUAUAUUUAUCGAUAAUACGCGAUUAAGCACAUGGGAUUGUUUUGAUUACUGCAGUAGUGACCUAAAAUUAAAAAGCCCGUCGUAAGAAAUUGUUUGAUCUCUAAUAAUUUGUUUCUACAUAAACCAACAACUUUCUUUAAUCUACUUAAGAUAAUAUUAAGAAAGAAAGAAAGAAAAUAACUUUAUUUUAGUUUUGCUUUGUUUGUGAUAUAAUAUUAUACAGUUCUAAAUAAGUUACUUAAAAAUCUUUCUUCUCCUUCUUCUUGACGUCUUCGUCAUAUAAGUCAAGUUUUCAUGUAUGUUAAAAGGUAACAUUAUUUUAACGCAAAAUAUUUAUCAUGUUGGUAAAUUGAUUUAAACGUGAUACAUUUAAUUGACACCUGAUGCAGCUCGCGCGUUCAGAACUUCAGAUUGUCCAGAGAGACUAACUUACAGUAUAGGUACUUUUAGGUCUUGCAACGUAAAGAGAGCCUGUCAGACAAUGUCUAUUAGAAUAAUGAAUAUUACAGCCCCUUUUUUUAACAUUGUGAAUUAUUUUUACUUUUGUCUAUACUUUUUCUAGUUACGUGUGUAUUUUUAUUUAGUCAUCAAUGGUUUCAUUCGCCUCUCUAGAAAUUGAAAGACCUAUGCCUACCGUAUUGUGCCCCCUAUGUGAUAUUUGUAUGUAUUAGGAUCUUUUUUACUUUUUUAUUGGAAAAUUAGCAUAAGUUUCGACUGAAAACGAUUUCUUUUUACUAUUAAAUAAGUUUUUCUAAAUUUUAAUAAUUAAAUAUUACUGUUUUUAUCAAAUAUAUAUUUGUGUAGAAACGUUAGAAGGCCACAGGGUAAUCGAACCUCUUACUGCAUGUAAUAAAAAAUAUUGGUUUGAAUUUGAACUUUAAUAGCUGUCAAUAGAGUUGAAUAUCAUAUCCGCCAUAUAUGUCUCCGAAUGCGGUAAAGGGUUAGUGCGUGUUUUAGAACACGGUUAUAGUAUUUAAAGUUUAGUCAUUAAAAUUAUAUAAAUAUUGAUUUAAAAAAAACUGCUUUUAAUAAUACAUUCAUUAUAUUAUGACAUUUAUGACAGAAAUAAAAUAUGUAUCCAUUUAAUUUGUUUUCAAUAAUCAAUUACCAAAUAAUAAGUAGAUUGUUAGAGUUAGAAGUCAAUAUAUAUGUUUUUUAUGAUAAUUUGCGAUUGCCUAAGUUUCCUAUUUCAAUAUCAAAU